GAAAAGUUACCUCCCUUCAUUUGAUACUCUCUUCAAAGGAGAAUGUUGACCCACAACUAACUUUUUUCAAUUUUCUUAAUUUUGAUUACCUUUCAGUUUCAAAAGAUGUCUUUUGAAGAAUUGGAACAAGACCCAUUUGACACACAUGAGUUUGUAGAGCGACUAGCAUGGCGGACAAUGGGAACGAAAGCUCGCAGUCAGCACGAUGAGUUUGAUCCUAUGUUACUUCAUGGAGCAUUUGAGAGGAUGAUUGCUGAUCUUAAAACUAAGAAUGGCAUGGUGCAGACAAGGGUAGAUAAACUGGAGGAAGAAUGUAAGGAGGAGGAAAAGAAACAUUGGGCAAGAGUUGUAGACCUUCAGAGAAAUAAUCAGGCUGCCUUUUCUCACUUUCAAGGUUUAGACGAAAGAAUAAAUUCAGUAGCUACAAAAGUUGUGCAUCUUGGAGACCAGUUGGAGGGUGUGAACACACCAAGAGCGAGGGCAGUUGAGGCUCAGAGGUUGAUGAACUACUUGUCAGAGUUUCUAACUAAUGACCCUCCAAAGUCUGCUAUUUUCACAGAUCCAUUUCAGUUGCAGUUAGCUGCUGAGAUAAUACAGAAACUUCAUAUGAUUGCUCUAGAACUCCCAAGUACAGAGAAAUUUGCCAAGGCUAGGACAAAAAUUGCAAGAAAGUAUGAUGAUAUAGAGAAUGAGUUGAUAGAAGAGUUUAGAAUUGCCCACCGUGAGGGAGAUAAACGUAAGAUGAAAAGAUGUGCCUCAGUUCUCUCUAAUUUUAAAGGACAUGGUCGCUGUAUAGAUACAUUUAUAGAAGAAACCCAGAAGGGAUCAUUUAUUAGUUCAGAUCCAUUCAGUGAAGUGUUCCCACUAUGUAAUCAGAGUAAUGACUUGAUACAGGAAGUAUUUACCAACCCUGAUGUUGUCAUGGGAAAACUGGUUCAGAAUAUAUAUAUUACAAAGUUACAGACUUUUAUCCAAAGCAAACUUGACAAGCAGGAAGAUCCUGAACAAUAUUUGAAGGAUUUCUUUGAUAUCUACACUAGAACAACAAAAUUAUCUGGUGAUUUAUCAAAGUUUAAGAUUGGUAAUGACAGUUCAUUUCUGCCCAAGAUGACCAAAGUUAUCUUCCAGAAACAUCUAGAUGAUUACAUCAAUUUUGAGACGAAGUACCUACAUGAGAGAUGUGGGGCUAUACUACAGAGAUAUUAUGACAGUAAAGAACAUCAGAAAAAACAGAUACAGUCUGGAGGAUUGUCAGAGUUGCGUAGAGAUUUACAAGCUAAGAUAGCCAAUGUAAAUGUAAAUAUCAACAUAGGACCAAGUGUUGAGAACUAUGGUGGUGAAACAUUCCUCUCUCAAGAAGUUUCCAUUAAUAUUCUACAGGAAACAAAGCUUGCUUUCAAAAGAUGUCAAAGUCUAUCUGGUAGUUCAGAUGUACCUGGAAAUGCAGUGAAGAUUUUAGAUAUACUUAUUAAAUACCUAGUCUCCGAUCACAUUGACUAUGCUAUAGAAGUAGGCCUUCAAGGCAUUCCUGUGGCAGAACCUAAAUCAGCCCCAGCAAUUUACUUCUUUGAUACAGUAUCACAGGCUAACACUCUCUUCCAUCUAUUUGAGAAACAGUUCAUGGACAGUGCUGUACCAUUGUUCCUAUCAACUCCACUAUAUGCCGAGUGUCUACACAAGAAGAGAGAUUUGAGGGACAAUAUGGAGAGUAAGAUAGACACUGGUCUAGAGAGAGCUACUGCCUCAAUUUGUGGCUGGGUUAAAUAUAUCCUCGCUUCAGAACAGAAGAAAAAUGACUUCAAACCAGAUGACGACUCUGCUCUCCUACAGAUGGGAACCCCUGCUUCCAAAAAGGUUGUUAAGUUUAUGAGUGAACAACAUCAGUCUAUCAGAGAUAAUCUAGAUGGGAAAAAUGUGGAGGCAUUACUUCUGGAGCUAGGAACCAGGCUUCAUAGAAUACUAUAUGAACAUCUUUGCCAAUUCACAUAUAAUUCCCUAGGUGCUAUGUUGGUAAUCUGUGAUGUGAAUGAGUACAGGAAAUGUGUGAAGGAGUUUGGGUUACCAUUGGUUACACAGCUGUUUGAGAAACUCCAUGCUUUAUGUAACCUGCUUGUUGUUGUGCCUGAAAAUCUCAAACAAGUUUGUAGCGGAGAUCAGCUGGCUGGGCUUGACAAGUCGAUUCUCCUGUCAUUUGUACAACUAAGAGCUGACUAUAAAACUGCCAAACUUGCAUCUCUCUUGAAGUGAUCUUUCCUGUAACCAUGGAAACACGUCAAUCAUCUGGAAUACCACACAUUGCUUUCAUUUGUUUUUAUGGAAACUAAGUAGUCAUAUAUCAGUAAACUUUAAAGCCUUAAAAUCAUGUCAACACUUAAUAUCAAUGACUUUAAAAGAAAUGAAAACAAAUUUUUGAUCAGGAUUGAAAAAGACAGUGAAAGUGUAGUGGUAAAACUGUGCUACUAACUACAUGUACUUUAAAGAAAUUGUCAAAAUCUUCCAAACAUUCUUGCUUGUUAUUGAAUUAUGUAAAUGUAAUCAUGUUAUCUAGUGUAAUGUUCCUGAUAAAAACUGUUCAGAUGUUAUUUAAACAUUCCAAUGAAUGUGUUGUUCUGUUGCUACUGGUAUCUGUUGCUAAGCACUGUUGUGACGAUCUAAUUUGUAACACAGCAUGUCUGAAUGUUUUAAGUCACUUACCUCAAGUUAUCUGCCCACAACCACUAUUAAUAUGCUUUGUGUCAAGGACCUGACAUUCUGUCAUUUGAAGAAACUAUAUAGCUAGAUUAAGGGAGGUAUAUAUUACAGUGUUGCACCACAUUUAGGUAAAUCUUGAUCUUCCUCCUGUCUAUGAAUUAUGAAAUAUAUGUUACAGUAUGUUCAAAAAUUUAAAGUUGUGCCAUGAAUCAAAACUAGAAAUUUGUGAUCAAGCUAAUUAUACAUCACCAUUAGCUUAAGUAUAAACUUACGAUUUUUGAGAAAACCAACUUGAACCAGUCUUAAUUCCACCUCUAGAACUAACCUGAACAUGUAUAGGUGUUAUAUGAAGAAGCAAGUUUGUUGUCCUUGUAUUGCUUGAACCAACCCAUUAUCCUUUGUACAUGUACAUUGUCUAAUGUGGUAAAUGUUUGUUUCUAAAUGAACAUGGCAUGCUUUUUCAUUACCAGUAAUAAGGAUUUUAAUAUAAAAUACAAAUAUCUAGUCCUAAAGUGUAUAUUCUUGGCAAAUUGCCAGACAAGAUUGCUUGUAUAGUGGUGAUAUGACCUGUGUAAGAUGUGAACAGUGAUAUAUGUGUAAGCAUUACUUGCUAUAAAGUUAUAUGGAAAAUUUCCGAACUUUAAAUCAGAAGUUUUAUGUAUUAAGUAUGUGCAAUAAUUUUAUUUAUAUCUAUGUAUGUUAUCAUUUAUAACAUUUAUGAUAUUGUUCAGUUUGUAUGAUUUAUAAUUUAAAAUAAAUUUUAUUAUAGACUGUAUAA